AUGUUUAGCAGAGACUGGCCACGGGGACUCAGUUCUCGGAAAGCUACAGGAGAGAGGAACAUGUUCAUCUUCAAAACUGUGAGGGAUCUCUGGGGAGACCAAAGACCAGCUCCAGCUGUGGGUGGAGCCGCAGAGGCCGAGGGACAGGUGAGCGAGCGCUGUUGGCUUCUGCCCAGCCUCGCCCAGACUUCGUCUGACCGUGGCCCAGCCCGUUAG